CUCGCGUGUGUUUCGAUAAAGAAAAUGUUUUUAGAACUUCUUGGCGUAUCAGUGACGUUUCGUAGAAGCCUAUUAUCUUUCUCUUUCCAUCGUUCUCUCUCUCUUUCUUUCUUUUACUAACAACUACUACAACACAGGAGUGUUUCAUUCGGUACAUAUCCGUGAGAUGAUCACGAACAAGUUCAGUUAACACUAGGAGGUGACAGAGUACCGAUGUUUCGUUAGACCAAUCGACAGUUUUACAAGAUAACUAAUCGUGAUAUUUUAGUACUACGUAAACCUUUUCAAUACUAUUUAAUUACGAAUUUUAAUCAAUUAUAUGUAUAUAUAGAAAUUGAUUUUUUUUGUUUAAUUAAAUUAAAUACAAUAUUUAUAAAUAAACAAAAAGAUAAGAGGUGAUACAAUAUACACUGCCAAAUAUUACAUCAGUAUCAAGUACAACAGAUAUUAUUUCAUACAAAAAAAAAAAACAAAUAAAAAUAAAUCGACAUGGAUAAAAGUGGACCACCACAACCUGGUUUUAUUCCACCAAGUGGUUCAUCACCACCCCCACCUUAUGGCGGUGGACCACCACCACCCCAACAAAAUGUGAUAAUCGUGACAACUGAAGCUUAUGGGUCAGAAUCAAGAGUAAUGACAUGUCCACAUUGUAGACAAAAUAUAUCAACUCGCGUGGAAACAGAAUCUAACACAAAAACGCAUUUGUUUGCUUUGUUGUUAUGUAUUAUCGGAUGUUGGCCCUGCGUAUGCGUACCUUAUUGUAUGGAUACUUGUUUAGUUAAGAAACAUUAUUGUCCAUCUUGUGGAGUUUUCCUCGGCGAGUCUUCCAAUUGAUUCAUCUUAACGAUACGCAAAUACAUGGCUUAUUACUUUACAUUUAUUAUUUUGUUUAUUAACAUAUCCUGUUUUUAUUGAAGAAAGUAUUAUGUAUGAUAUUUUGUCAACGAUAUAAAUAAUGGCCAUUUGAAAACGUUGUUGAUUCGGAGGAUGAAGAUUCCAACGAAAUAUAUUCAGAUGUUUAUUUUUGUUUUCUCUUUA